CAAUCAGGAACAGGAUGCGCGAAGGUUAGACUUACCCCAUGGGUGAGAUGCAAGAUAAGCCAACCCUCCACAUUGGACGACACUUGUCUGUCGUUGGUGUUGUUAUGCAGAGCUAGGUCGAGUUUGUUGUCACAACAUCUCUCUCAUUCGCCCUCUUGUAACCUUUCGUGCAGUCAUGUCCGUACGGAAGCUUCGUGGCGUAAAUUCCCACCUUCUGUCGUCGCUCUACAAUUCUACCCUCAAAGCCUUUCAACCUUCCGUCGUGUAUACUGUGAAUGGAUGUUAACGACCCAAAAGACAGGCUGGACGCUGUGGGCGGCAUGGACGGUCUGGAGGACAGACUCGGUGGCAACAGUGAAGUAUCGUGUUGAACGUCCCCAUGACCAGGAAAGAUCCGACGAGGCCUCGUGGGACGGGUUGUUCCUGUCUGGCCUUCCCUCGGAGGCGUUCCCAGAUUUUGACUCAAUCCUUUGACCUUGGUCGAUAAUGACAGUUUCCUUUGUAGGACCACCCUCCACAAGCACGCAAUACUGGUUUUACGUUCUUUGUAACGAAGGUUGUGCUUCAUAAGACUUGGGACAUGCCCGUUCUAAGAUCUAUCAUGUUGAUGAUUGAGCUGCUGCCAGACAGUGGUCAGUAAAGUAAAUACUCGGUAUCAGCUAUCAAUCACUCGUUUAGUCACCCCUCCCCGGACAUCACAGUUCGCUCGACUGACCAUCUCGCCCUCGGUAUAUUGAUACCGGAAUCCUGUGCGCUGCAUCUCCCCGCUCGAUUCCCACGGCCCAGCCCACCCAAGUCAAUAGCAGAAGUUGCACUGUAUCCGUUGCAAGCUUGUUCCUACCGGUUUGUGGCUGUGGACACACCCCAUUCAAGAGGCUGCCCUAUCUCGCUUUCUUUAUCUGAGGGUCUGUACCAUCCCCCCAUACUUUAGAACUUCUUCUUCUUUCCCCUUCCGCCCUCCUUCAUACGAAAUACUCUCAUCGGGAAACCCUAUCGCCAGGAAGGACUUGCCUGGCGGAGAUCAACAACAACAACGACAUGUACGGAUCACGUCUCUUCGUCGGGGUGGCCACUGCCGCCCUCUCGAUAACUGCAGCGGCACAGACUUUAAGUACCCCGAGUACGUUUGUGAGCAACCGAGCGUCGUCUACUAGCUCCUCGACAUCCAUUUCCGCAACACCCACGAGGGCAGCGGGUCCAAACGUCAUUGUUAUUGAGGUGGGAAAACAUGGGCAUAUCUUCGAGCCACACGAAGUGACUGAUGCCAAGAAAGGCGAUGUCAUUCGCUUCAAUUUUUAUCCCACGGGUCACUCUGUUGCACGAGCUGAAUUCGAAUUUCCAUGUUUCCCUUGGGAACUCUACCACCCUAAUGAGGCCGGGAUGUGGUCCAGCGGCGAGAAUUAUACUGACCCGGAGAGCUUCGAUAAACCCCUUGAAUGGCAGUUCACACUUGACACUGAAGAGCCCAUGUUUUUCUACUGCUCCGCUCGUACUUCCUGUUCAACCCAUAAAAUGAUCGGUGUCAUCAACCCUAACGCUACGCACUCAUGGGAUGCUCAACGGAAGUACGCAGAACAAGUGACAUACGAUCUAAAGCCGGGAGAGACAUGGAAGGCUGAAGAUCCAAACUAUGGAAAAGAAGAUGGAAGCAAAAAGUCGGGCCUUAGUGCCGGGGCCAUCGCGGGAAUCGCUAUCGGCGCGGCCGCCGUGGUAGCCAUUGCCGCUGCCUUAGUCUUUUUCUGCGGUCGAAGGGGAGGGUUUCAAAAGGCCUAUCGCAAGAGCGCCAUUCAUCCGCCGGCACCCGGUACCGAUGCCGCUGGUGCUCCGACCAUGGUAGAGGCACAGUACCACAACCAACACAAUCCAGCCAGCCCUGUCCAGACACCGGCAGGCCUGAAGAGUCCCGGCCAAGCCAGCUUCACGACCUUUUCGACUUAUCCACACAUGGACCCCAGUGACCCGUAUCGAAGCAUGACGGCGAGCCCUCAGCAGCCUCCAUACCCAUAUGGAACUCCCCCACCACAGCAAAACCCUGGCUCCCCGGGAUCUGUUUAUGGUUACAAUACUUAUAACGGACACGCAAUGUCCGCGCCUGGGAGCGCGCCUGUACCCGGGCCCAACUCGCCUCUCAUGAUUGGAGAACUGAGCUCGGUUCCUCACUCGCGUGAUGUUAAUUAUCAAGCUCCGGUUGAGCUUCCAAGCGGAGACGGCACCUCAGUCAGGCCUCCGUCGACGAUGCCGGGAUCGCCUCCUCCGCAAUAUGAGAGCGGGAGCAACGAAGGUGCCAAACAGGGUUGGACAGUUGGUGAGGAGAAUCAGUUUCAGAAGCGAUGAGUGGUAAUCUGAAUUUGCGGCUGUCAACCGGCAGUUGCUUAACGAAUGAAGGACUAUAAAUGGCACAGAGAGAAUUAAUGGGAGCGACAAUAGGCAAACCUAUGCCAUGUGUCACUCAAACUCAAAUUACGUGAUGGUAGCGUUCUGAAAACAAAUCCGGCUGCUAUUGAGUGGAAAUCUGUCAAUGUUUUAGAUUGCCUAGUUUCUGGUAUCCCAAGCUGAAUCAAGGACACUUGCUCGA